CAGUUUCACCUCUCGCGCGAUUUCAACUCAACGCAGGCAGCGCAGUGUAGGAGUUCCAGCAGCGGAGAAGUAGGGACGUUGGGAUCUUUGUGUGAGAUGGGGGACGAUCGACCUUUUGUGUGCACCGCCCCAGGCUGUGGACAGAGAUUUACCAAUGAAGACCAUCUAUCAGUCCACAAACAUAAGCAUGAGAUGACCCUAAAAUUUGGUCCUGCCAGAACUGACUCCGUCAUCAUCGCAGACCAGACCCCCACGCCCACCCGCUUCCUGAAGAACUGUGAGGAGGUGGGUCUGUUCAAUGAGCUGGCCAGCUCCUUCGAACAGGAGUUCCGGAAGGCCCAUGAGGACGACCAGAGGAACAAAAAUCCGGUGAGGCUCCCCACCCCUCAUCUUCUGGCCCCACCCCUACAGACCCUGUCUGGGGUGAAGGAGGAGGAUGAGGGGCCUCUGGAGGUUGACUCCUCCCCCCCAGGCAGUCCUGACUCCACCUCCAGCAUGUCGGACAGUAGCAAGGAGCCAAUGGGGAGAGGAAAGGAGACUCUUCCUCCUCCACGGCCAGUGUUGAGCUCCACCCCCACGCCAACCAUUGUACGGCCUGGGUCCCUCCCCAUUCACCUUGGUUACGACCCCCUGCACCCGACCCUGCCGUCGCCAACUUCUGUCAUCACACAAACCCCACCCUCCAACAGACAACUGGGCUCUCCGACAGGCUCCUUCCCACUGGUAAUGCAUCUCCCCAACGGACAGACGGUCCCUCUCCUCCCCAGCCCAAAUAUGACCUCAGUCAUAUCUCUGGCGAGGCCAUUUAAUAUGGUGCCCAACAUCCCUGGGAUUCCAGGCCCUCCGAUUGGUGGGACCAGCAGCGGCUCCUCCUCCCCAUCUGGGUAUAGUCUACACUCCGAGGCCAAGAUGAGGCUGAAGGCGGCGCUGACCCAGCAACAGCAUGGCCCGGGGGCUCAGAACGGGGCUGGAGGGGGCACAGGGGGAGUGGGAGAGGGCACAGGGGGGGUGGGAGGGGGGCCAGGGUCCAGCCCCGCUGUCCCCCAGAGACAUGAGCAGAGCCAGCAGCCCUCGCAGCAUUCUGACACCCCCUCACCUGCACAGCCACAGCAAACCAGCAGUGGCUCCUCCUCUCCAUUUGGGUAUAGUCUACAUUCAGAGGACAUGAUGGUGUCCCCGGCCCAGCCAACCGGGGGUAGGAGGCGGCGGGGUGCGGAGGCCGACCCAGAUGAGAGAAGGCAGCGCUUCCUGGAGAGGAACAGGGCGGCAGCGUCUCGCUGCCGACAGAAACGCAAGGUUUGGGUUGGCUCUCUGGAGAGGAAGGCAGAGGAUCUGGCCACCAUGAACGUCUCUUUGACCAAUGAAGUGGGUCUGCUGAGGAACGAGGUGACACAACUGAAACAGCUGCUACUGGCCCACAAAGACUGCCCUGUCACUGCCAUGCAGAAGGCGGCUGCCUACUUAGGGUGAAUGUUUCUCUCUCUGUCUGUAGCUGCAGGAGGAGAGGAGAGUUCCAGGGAUCCCCCCUCCAAGCCUACGGGCUCCACAGCCUUGGUCAUCCAGCACGGGCCUUCGGCCCCUGUCCCCAGCCCUGGUGCCAUCACCGUCAACGGGCUGAGUGUAUGCGCGGCUGAGGCAGUGGCCAUGUCGGUCCUGGCCGGGAUGGGGGCGGCCCACCAGGGAGGGGUCCUCAUGGCGCCACAGCCUCAGCCCGCCCCCAGAUGAUGCGCAGGGAGCCAAUAAGAACUGUAGGAGGCCGGACUGGUACAAUUAUGUGAGAGAUUGAAAGGGACCUGAUUUGAAAUCUGAAAUCCCAUCAGUUGUUAAUGGGGGGGAGUGAGAAGUACUAUCUCCAACCUAUGCUCUGACCUUGGAUACAGUGGCAGCCAGGAAAGGAUGUUGGGAGUUGACAUCCUGUCAAAGCCACAGAACCCCCCCCCACACACACACACACACACACACACACUUGCUCACAGCCAAUGAUAAUCACUGAACAUACCGAGUAGUCCCACCCCUUUUGCCCCUUUUCUGAUGGAUCCCUGCUUGGAAGCACUGUCACUGCGUAUAUACAAGCGUAUGUACAUACUCACACCCCGUGACAUACACACACUCGAUCACCGAAUGUAGUGUGUUUUUGUCUAUUUGCAACUCGCUCCCCUGUCUACAGUGUAAAUCUCUCCUUACAUAUUUAUCUUCUUCAUGCAGCUGUUAAUCCAUGGGGAAACUCUUUUUAGGGCUGAAUAAGCGUGAGAUAUUGUUUUCCCUUUGUCAUGGAGUGAGCCAAAGUAUGAGUAUAUUCAAUGUCUGGCCUUUUUAAAAAUUUGUAUUAUUAUUGUUUUUUUAUAGGAAUUCUGCAUUCUGACAAUGUGUAUGAAACCCUUAUUGACUGCAUGGAUAUUAGAGGAGACUGAUGAAGACCACUGUCUGUGUGCUGGUGUCUGCUCAUAUUAUUGCUGGUUUUUAUCAUACUGCUUUUCUCUCCCACUUUUUAAAGUGAUAUCAAAUGACUGAUGCAAACAAUGACAAUGUCCUAAUGUAACACUUGAAAUGGUUAGGUUUUAGAUUAUACUUUAUGUAGUAAUCAACAAACUUUUCAUUAGAUUUAUAAGUCAUUUACUUAAUCUAAGUUGAGAAAAAGUAGUGCAAUAUAUUUUUAUAUUCAAAACAUAUUAAUGUUCCUGCAUUUAGCUAAAACGUGUGUAGUGAAUACAGUGGUAGAAUGGUUUGUUCUAAUUCAAUGAAAACCAAUUACAUUCUAAAUGAUAAGAGAAAAUGUAAACCUACGACAUAUUCUUGAAUGCAAAUCUCCAAUAGGGGACAUCUAUAUGGAGUUAAAGAUCAUGUCCUUGUCUCGGGUGCUUUCCAACAUUUAAAAAACUAUACUGUCUUUUGGAGUAUAUCACUUUUGUAAGACACGUCACUGAAAUAUUUGUUAUGAAAUGUCAUUGAGUGAUGUCUUUUUUUUUCACAUUUUGUGUUGAGGAAUAUCUUGUUUGUUUCAUCUUUUUUUUAACAUGUCAAUGUUCUAUUCAUCAUUUCGUUAUUGCUGUAACUGAACCCUGCGUCACGUUCCUUUCCCCUCGUGUUCUGUCAAGAGGAUGGGUAUGUCUGUCUUCAACAGUGAACCCAGAGUGUAACCUCCCACAAACUAUUAUGGAAUUUGUCUCCAAUCUGUCGAGAGGGUGUUUUUCCCCAAAAGAAUUACACCUCAAGGCGGGGGAAAUUUAACUUGUGUAUAGUCUCAACCUAAUAAAAGAUCUCUGGCAAAAUAAAUAAGUUACUGGCAACAA